GAUCCAAGAUGGCGGCCGUUAACCUGAUCCCUUGUUCAUGGGAAAAGGCAACGGUAUUGUAAAUACGGACUUGCAGAAUUGAGAUAAUGUGAUAGCUGUUUAUAAACCAUCUCCGUCCCCCCGCCGGCACCAGCGCCCCCUCCACGGUUCUACAUCCUCACCGUCUGCAGGGUGUUAGAAGAUGUGAAAACUGAGAGAUUACUUUCUGACUCCAGAGUUUCCAAUAUCUUUCAAGAUGCAGGAUCCAGCCAGAGAUUUUAAAAUUGAAGACAAUGAAAUUAUAUCAGAGUUUCAGAGGGUACCACAGGGGGAGGAAUUACAGUCAGGGUUCACAGAUCCAGCAGCACCUCAGGAUCUGAUGGAGGCUUCCAAUUUAUCUCAAUCAGAAUGUUAUUUGAUUUUGAACAUGGAAGGAAAGAGUACAGUUCAUAGUGAAGAGAAACACUAUAUGAAACGCUAUAUGUGUUCUGUCUGUGGACAAGACUUCAGCGAAUCAUCUAGUCUGUCAAAACACAAGUGCAGUGGCCCUGGGGAGAAACCAUGGAAAUGUAGGGUCUGUGAGAUGGAAUUCAGCAACGAAUCUGAGCUGGAACUCCACCGACACAGUCACAUUGAAGAGACACAGUGGAAAGGCGGGGACUGUGAUGAAGGUUUCAGAUCUCUGCCUGAGCUGGAGACUCAUCAGCACAGUCACACCGGGGAGAGGCCAUUCAUGUGCUCCGAGUGUGGAAAGGGAUUUAUUCGGUCAUCUCACCUCACGACCCACCAGCGAGUUCACACUGGGGAGAGACCUUUUAAGUGCACAGACUGCGGGAAGUGCUAUAAAUGUUCUGGGGAACUGCUGUCGCAUCAACGUGUUCACACUGAGGAGAGACCAUUCAGAUGCCCUCACUGUGGGAAAGGAUUCAAGACAUCAUCUGAAGUCAUUGUACACCAGAGAAUUCAUACUGGGGAGAGGCCGUUCACCUGCAGUGUGUGUGGGAAGGGAUUCACUCGGUCAUCCCACCUCACAAUUCACCAGCGAGUCCACACUGAGGAGAGACCUUUUCAAUGCCCAGACUGCGGGAAGUGUUUUAAAAGUUCCAGGGAACUGAUGCGUCAUCGACGUGUUCAUACUGAUGAGAGACCGUUCAAAUGCUCUCACUGUGGGACUGGGUUCAGACAAUCAUAUCACCUGACUGAACACCAGCGAAUUCACACUGGGGAGAGACCUUUUAAAUGUCCAGACUGUGGGAAAUUCUAUAAAAGUUCUGGGGACCUAAUGUCCCAUCAACGUGUUCACACUGAUGAGAAGCCAUUCAGGUGCUCCUACUGUGGGGCUGGAUUCAAGCAAUCAUCUCAACUCACUGUCCACCAACGAAUUCAUACUGGGGAGAGGCCGUUCACCUGCUCUAUAUGUGGGAAGGGAUUCAUUCGAUCAUCCCAACUCGCAACACACCAGCGAGUGCACACUGAAGAGAGACCUUUUAAUUGUUCAAUCUGCGGGAAAUGCUUUAAAAGUACUCAGGAAGUGAUGACCCAUCAACGUGUUCACACUGAGGAGAGACCUUUUAAAUGCUCAGAUUGUGAAAAGUGCUAUAAAACAUCUGGGGAUCUGAUGUCUCAUCAACGUGUUCACACUUCUGAAAGACCAUUCAGGUGCUCUCACUGUGGGAUUGGGUUCAAACAUUCUUCUCACCUCACCGUACACCAGCGAAUUCACACUGGGGACCGGCCUUUUAAAUGUCCAGACUGUGGAAAGUCCUACAAGAGUUCUGGCUAUCUGAUGAUCCAUCAACGUGUUCACACUCAAGAGAGACCAUUCAGAUGCUCUCACUGUGGGACAGCAUUCAAGCAGCCAUCUCACCUCACACUACACCAGAGAAUUCACACUGGGGAGAGGCCAUUCGCCUGCACUGAGUGUGGGAAGGGAUUCACUCGGAAAGCCCUCCUGCUCAGUCACCAGCGAGUUCACACGCAACUAUAAGAGUUGGACUUUGUUCUUUGUCAUAUCUAGAACUGAACCAUUUUCAUUGUCUAAUAAACCUAUUUGAGUUAUUAAUAUGCUUGGAUAAAAAUAAAGUACCUUUGUAAUUUGA